AUGUCCCUGUAUCAUGAAGCAGCAGAGAUCCUGACCGCCGCACAGAAACAAGGAGGCUCAUUGAAGUCGCUCGUCUUCGGCAAGAAGACAUGGAAAAGCGACCCCAAAGCGCUUUUUGCUCUGACGACAGAGACUGCAAAAUGGAGCCAAGUCCUGUCAGAAGUGCUUGAGAAGAGCGGCGUGCUCGGAGUCGAGAAGAAUCUGACACCAACUCUGGCCCUGCUUCUCGUUCACGACCUCUUUCUAGCGAAGAAGGGCAUCGCGCUUCCUGCCUCUCAUGGCUUGAACACAUCCAUAAGUCGACACAAAGUUCGACUUUCGGCAGAACUGACCAAAGCACGGUUGAGACGUGGCUUCGGAUCACUGGACGAUCUGAGAAAGGAUAUCGACGCGCAGGCGAUUAGAGAUGCCCAGCCCUCUGCAAAUGGCCAACCCGCGACCCGACACCCACGUUGGGUACGCAUCAAUAUACUCAAGACUACCCUGGACGAGGAGCUGAGACACGGCACUUUCUCGAAUUUCACCGAAGUCAAGACUUUGAAGGAGAUCAUUCACGCACCUGCCGAAAGUCGACUCGUUCACGUGGAUCAACAUAUUCCUGAUCUUGUGGCUAUUGCGAGCCCGGAGGAACCGACCACUUUCAAGGCAUACCGCGCUGGGAAGCUCAUACUGCAGGAAAAGGCAUCAUGUUUUCCUGCGUACCUCCUCGGCCCGCACUCAGAAGAAGGCGAUGUGAUUGAUGCCUGUGCUGCUCCCGGCAACAAGACGACGCACGUGGCUGCCCUAGUUGGGGAGAAGCACAAUGUCUUCGCAUGUGAGCGGGAUGAAGGGCGCAGCAAGACUUUACAGAAGAUGGUGAAAAUGGCAGGAGCUGAAAAGAUUGUCACUGUAAAGGCCAAGCAGGACUUCACAAGGCUUGACCCCAAGCAGCAACAGCUUGCAAACGUCACAGGCCUAAUACUCGAUCCAAGCUGUUCUGGCAGCGGAAUUUUCGGGCGUGACGAAGCCACUGUAACCCUUCACUUGCCCUCAGCUGUUGCGGAAGAUUCUGCAGCAAGAGGGAAGAAGCGGAAGAGGGGGGCGAACAAACAGGCGGAGAUCAAAAGCGAAAAUGAGGAGGAAGUGGCGGUCCUCGAGGAGACGCCAGAAACCGAGCAGGACAAGGAGAAGCUCCAGAAGCGAUUGGAAAAUCUCUCUGGCUUCCAGCUCAAGAUUGUCAAACAUGCCAUGUCUUUUCCAAACGCCAGACGGAUCACGUACUCGACUUGCUCUCUGCACGACGAGGAGAACGAACAAGUCGUGCUCAAGGCACUUCAGUCCAACAUCGCUGUUGCACGAGGUUGGCGUGUGUUGAAGCGGGAAGAGCAAGUCGACGGCAUGCAGCGAUGGCACAAAAGGGGCAGGGCUGACGCCAUGCAGAGCGUAGUGGAUUCGAACGGGACCACGGACCUGAUAGUACUGGCAGACGCGUGUAUUCGAUGUGACAAGGGCGGAGAAGAUGGGACGAUGGGCUUCUUCGUAGCGGGCUUUGUGAGGGAUGAGGGCUCCAUGGAGCAGGCUCAUGACAGUCUCGGUCGAGCAGCGGCGGGAGCACGGGAGCUUGAACAUGCUGAGGACGAGGAGGAUGAGUGGGAAGGAUUCAGUGCAGACGAGUCGUAGUCGAAGUCCGGAGGAAGCGUUGUAAUCGAUUGACCAGGCCUGGCAAUUCGCUGUGCAGAGUUGUCAAUAGUGAUUGCCGCUGAUCG